UAUUUUUUUUUCAAAAUUAAAAAUAGGCAGAGGCAAUUCGUUCGUCGUCGGCGCACGUUAAAUACAAUACCUCUACCAACACUACUGUGUACCUUUCUGCGAGGUGCAUCAUACCAAAACCCUCUUCUCUCUAAUUCCUACCUAUACAUACACAUAUACAAGCAAUUCCAUUCGCGAAAUGAGCGUUAGAUUGGAGUCCACCGCAUUCAUAAACCCUUAUCCUACCUUGACUAGAGCUGCUUCGACUAUGGCGCUUUGUCACGCGCCGCCGACCUCACUAGGGUUUGAAGGUUUGCUCAGAGCUAGAAUCAAUGGAAAAUUGUCGCUUCCGCAGCUUCCGAGAGUGCUCGGAGUUAAUCUACGGCAGAGGACUGUGAGGAAUCGCACCGUUUUCUCCUUCGCUGCAUCGCACGAGGAAUCGAAGCCUUCAGAUAUUGGUAUAGAGAAAGAAAAGGAGGAUCUGAAAGGGCGAGGUCAAGAAUCAGAGGAAGCAUGGCAGCAGGCCCUCACAUCUUUUAAGGAACAAGCUUUAAAAAUGCAGAACACAUCUAAGGAAGCUUAUGAGUUGUAUUCUGAAAAGGCAUUCAUCAUCCUAAAAGAAACUUCUGAGAAGUUAAAAAUUCAAGCAGAAAAGGCAAGACUGGAUUUGAUCGAGGUUGCUAAAGAAACUGCUGAAGAAAGUAAAGAAUAUUGGGCCACAGCCGCAGAGAAUUCCCCUGAACCGGUGAAGGAAAUCGUACAAACUUUUUCUACCUCAACCGAUGAGCUCAAUGACGUGUCUAAAGUCCGGGACUUUUAUGUCGGGAUACCUUAUGGUGCACUUCUUUCUGUUGGAGGCUUUCUUUCAUUUAUGUUAACUGGAAGCAUCCCUGCCAUCAGGUUUGGUAUUGUGCUUGGUGGUACUCUUUUGGCCCUGAGUAUAGCAAGUUUGAAAUCAUGGAAGAAGGGAGAGCCGUCAUCCUUGCUUGUGAAAGGACAGACAGUAAUUGCUACAAUAUUUUUUGUGAGGGAAUUGCGCGUGUUGCCCAUGGUAAAUCUGUCCGGCCUAAAUUCUAAGCUAGUCAUACACAUUCGUUGCUCUAACUCCAUCUCUCUUUUGUGUCUAUUUGCAGCGACCAUUUAUUGCCAAUUUCAUCACAACCCUUAUCAGGUCCACUUUCUGUGAUCCUGUAUUUGAUUAGCUUUUCUUUUACAGUUGUUUCAGCUUUAAAUUAGUCAUUUUAUUCCACCUGAAAUGCCAUUUUUACUAGAAUUAGGAGUGGUGUUUUGCAUUGUGUCCAAAAUGCGGAGCAAAAGAGGUAUAAGACUGGUGAAUCUGAGGUGCCCUUUGUUGUUCUUAUGAGGAUGAAAUUGGAGGAAUUCUUUAAGAACAUCAUGAACUUUCUUGAGUGGUCUAGAGCCAACCAUAGCAAAUAAAUUUGAACACUAAAUACUUUAAUCAAUGAAACUCAAUUAGAUGUAUGACGGUUUAUUCUGAUUUUUAAAUCAAGAAGUGUUCCUUCUCAGUUUUUGAUGCGUGGAGCGUCUUGCUCUCAUGUUUAUGUAGCAUUUGACGGUUAGCUCGUACUGUGCAGUGGUGGAGUGCUUGCAUUCUAUCUCUAUAGGAUCAUCAGGGACAGAGAGCAGACGGGAGGGUCCAGUCAGGAAGUAAGGGCCGAAACUUAAACCUCGUGUUGAUAUAAGGCGCGAUCACACGGAGAAAAUACUUUGCAUCAAGUGAAGGAGAAUUCACUCCUCAGGUGGGAGGAAAGCAAAACUAUCAAUAUAUGAUGUGCCAAGAUUUGUGAUGCUUUGUAGAAAUAACCAAGAUUUGAAGUUGUUUUCAGUAGGAUGUCAGUGGAAGGAUUUCAGUGGAGAUGUUAUUACUUAGUUUUGCUGAUAAAUACCAAUAAAUUUGUUGAAAUAAUUUGAUUAUUCAA